AGAAGCGAGCCGACAGCUGGCACUUGGCACUGCUGCAGAGUGCAGAGGCAGAGUCUUAAUAAACACCUGCCCAACUCGUGCUGCUGCGUGAUAUUUGUUGCUUAAACUUAUCUCUGAAAAACAAAUAAUCUAUCUGCUCUUAUAUGAUAAUUUUUCAGGUUAAAAAUGUCGCGACUGGUGAUGAAGUUCGCAGCCAAUGUGUGCAAUUCGCCAUUAAUAAAAGAAGUGCCAAGAUUCAAUGGGAAUAUUUUAAUGCGACCUUUGAGCUCGUCUCCAGCUGACGUCAAUUUUCUGCAAGUCAAAGGAGACAGGAAAAUUGCCUAUCAAAAGGUCGAGCCAGCCGAUGCGAGCAAACCCACGGUGGUUUUUGUUCCUGGUUUCAUGUCAACAAUGGAAGGCUUCAAAGCGUCCAUGCUGGACAACUUGUGCAGAAGUCACGGCCUUGGCUAUGUCAGAUUUGACUUCGAGAGCGUUGGAAAAAGCCCUGGCACAUUUGAAACUGUGUUGUUUGAGCACUGGUUAGAAGAUUUAAAACUGGUGCUGGAAAAUCUUGUGCAAAACAAAGCACUCCUCAUUGGGUCCAGCAUGGGAGGAUGGAUGUCAAUGAAAAUGGCCCUGGAUCUACCCAAAAAGGUGGCUGCUAUUAUCAUGGUUGCCCCUGCCAUCAAUUUCUUCAAAUUUUACUAUGAUUUCUUCUACAAAGCAGUCGAUGAUGAGCAAAAGAAAAUCCUUGAUAGCGGAAAACUGCUUGUGUUACAGAAAAAUUUUGGAAACAUUUUUUUAAGGAGAGAGUUUAGAGACAAAAGCAUUGCUGCCCACCUGGAUCUUGACAAACCACUUGAUAUUCAAGUUCCUGUCAGGAUUUUACAUGGAGUGAAAGAUCCCGACGUACCAUUCAAGCAAAGUCUGAAAAUAAUGUCAGCCUUAACUUCGAAGGAUGUUGAUGUAAUUUUCCGAAAGGAGGGCGGCCACCAGAUGUCUGAACCAGCAGACCUAGAAUUGCUACAAAAGACUGUUCUUGACGUUGUGAAUUUGCUUAGUGCCAAAGCAAAACUGUGAAAUUUCAGCUACUUGUUUUUUAGAGGUAUUAGCCGGCAAAAUUUGGGUCACGCGGGCAGCCGCUGGUCAAAAAUCAAAAGUGCAGGAGAAUAAAAUGUCUUCUGGUAAAGCACUAUCAAACUUCACGUUUAAAAUAUUGUCAGCUGCCGCAGGGUCAAAAGUGCAGCUAAGCCGGUCACCAGAGACCUCUAGUUUUUUAUAGUUUAUUUUUUAAAUGAAAGGUUGCUAUUGUUUGGGAAUAUUAUACUUUUAUUUGAAAUACUCAUUAUA